AUGUCCGUUAAAAGACAAGAAUCUGGGUAUGUGGACAACUGGCAGGCAAGGAAGACUCUUACACAGUGUAAUCUGCGCAUGCUCGAAACCGAAGACUUCAGUGACGUCACCUUCCGGGUGGGGUCACGGGAACAGGUGGUCCGAGCUCACCGCUAUGUUCUUGUCAGUCGCAGCUGUGUGUUCCAUGCCAUGUUCUGUGGCCUCCUGGCGGGAAAAGGGGAGGUAACCAUCACUGAUAUUGAGGCUGACAUCUUCAAGGAAUUCUUAAGGUAUAUAUACACAGACGAGGUCCGAAUCAACGCUGAAACAGUCACAGCACUAAUGUACACAUCCAAUAAAUAUUCUCUUGAUGCAUUGUACGAUCUCUGUGUAACUUUCCUGGAGGUGUCCCUGUCAGAAGACAAUGUCUGCCAGAUCCUGGAGCAGUGUCAUCGUUACGGGGAGCUGGACUUGGAACAGAAGGCCCUGAAGAUCUUGACUGAAGGAGGGGAGAGAGUCACCAAGUCUCCAGGGUUUGUGGGUCUUUGUUCUGAUUGUCUGGGGAAGCUCCUCAAAUCGGACACGCUGAACAUGAAAGAGGAAGAUGUAUUUGAAGCAGUUCUGUCCUGGACAAAGGAAAGAUGCCGGAAGGAAGGUGUGAGUGACACACCUGAGAACAGACAGAGACUCUUGGGUGACUUGAGGUAUGAGAUCCCGUUCACUAGCCUAUCUCAGGAGUAUCUGACUAAGGUUGUGGGCUCAUCUGGAUUACUGACAGCGGAGGAGAGAGUUAGAAUUAUGGACAGAGCUUUUGACCCUACUGUUGACAUUUCCCCAUUUGUAGUUAUAAAGGGUGAUGCUUGUAAAUACGUCCAGAGAUUUGCAACUGUGUUACGUGCCAAAUGUAAUCGGGCAGGAGGUCAUGCUCUCUCGUUUUCUGUCAAUCACAGGAUUAAUCUGAAAGGUUUUCAGCUGUAUGGGGGAUAUGAUAACAUGGAACUUCCAGUUGGUAUUACACUGCUUGACAACGAUGGCGCAGAUAUAAUUGAACGACUGCAGACCGACGUGCAGCUUCUCGGGCGUGGGCAGAUGACAGACAUCUUGUUCUCUCAGCCGGUACUACUGCAGCCAGGCAGCACAUACACUCUCUUGGUGGCAAUAGGUUUCAGGGAUUCGUUUCCCAGGAGGCCAAGGGGUUUCUUGGAGCUGUGGGGUUACUGGAGUCAAAAGAAACACAUAGGCUACAAUGGGUUAAAUGGAAAGCAGACUGUAACCUCUGAUGGGGUUCAGUUUACGUUUUCAGACGCCAGGAAGUACUUUACAGAGACAACAGCCCUGACAGGAAACAUACCUGGCUUCAUAUUCAGUAUCCCAACAUUAAAGUAG